CGGUUACUGAUUUAAAUUGCACAUAGCAUUACUUCCGCCAACUUAACAGCUGUUUCCGGUGCACGGUUGAUGUUUUUGACAAUAUGGCUGCUGAUGAAGUGCAAAAGAUAGAAAGCCGGCUUGAGGCACUUGAAGCCUUAGUAUAUGGGGAUGAUCAGUGUCCUGAAAACCUGAAGGUUUCAGAUUCCUUGCUAAAGGUACAGGUAUCGCUGGGGAACAUGGCUAACAAAAGAGAGAGAAUCAAAGUUCUGUUUAAGAAAAUUGAUGAUUUAGUAAAGUACUUGAACCCCCAGUACAUCGACCGUAUUGCUGUCUCAGAUGCUAUGAAACUAGAGUUUAUACUCGCAGAGGAGCACUUUAUUUUGUCUCAAGCUGCCCUGCUGGAACAGAUGAAUAACCUUCUGCCAAUGCUAGAGAGUGCACAUAUUAAAGCUGUUCCAGAGCAUGCCUCCAGGCUUCAUUCCCUAUCUCAAGUACAUAUAAAGCAGCAGGACCAGUGCCAUGCAGUAUCAGAGGAAGUCCGGAGGUUACUAGAUGAUUAUAAUAAGACUACAUUACUUUUGUCAAAGCAGUUUGUCUUGUGGGAUGAAGUGUUAACAAAACUGGAAGCUGCAAAACAAGUGAAACCUAUGGAAUAGUCCACAGAAGUCUGGGAAUGGAAAGAAUCUGCACAAAUGUCAUGAUUGUCAACCAGUAGAAAGUCUUAACAGUACCACUUUAAUAUGCAGGGAAGCAUGAAGAGGAUAGUAACAGGGAUGACUAUCAAUAAAAAGACUGUCAUUUACAGGUUUGUGUGUAGUAUGUAUGCAUGCAUGCAUAUAUGUAUGUAUGUAUAUAUAGUGUGCAAGUAUGUAUGUAUGUGAUGUGCAUAUUAUGUAUAUAUAAACACACACACACACACUCUCCUUACAGUUCUAGACCAUUUAUUUGUUGCAAUGUAAGACUGGUAAGGGAGAAAUAACUUGUCUUAUGAGAGAAUUCAUAUUCUUUGACGGUUGACUUGCUAAAGAAAAUUGUGUCCCCCUAGAGGACUGUAGGAUGUUCAGCAGAAAAGCAAAUGUUAACCAGUUAUAUACUUUCUAUUAUUCAUCAUUUUGCUUGGUGGGGGUGCAUUGGAUAACUUGGUUCCAAAAGGACCAGACAUUUCAAAUUCAUAUGAAGCACUAAAUCUUACUGUUCCUGUUCAUAUACCAUUUAAAGUUUUCCUCCUUCAAUAAGUGUUGAUUGUCACUGUCUGGAAAAGUUGCUUUUUAAAUUAUUGUAUUAAUUUCAUUAAAAUAUACCUAGUUGCUUUUUUAGCACUAACUCUGUAUUAUUUUUCUGGCAUAUUUAUUUUUAUUUUUUUUGUUUUGUUUUUGCAAACUGUUAAUAGUAAAAUAUGCAAGCAUACUGAUAUAUGUUACACUCCAUUGCCAGUAAAUGAUCCUGAAGUUCUC